AUGCCUGAAUUUCUCUCGCUCCCAAGCGAAUUGCUUAUCCACAUCUUCGCGGCUUGCCCGACUGUCCCAACAGCAAUACGCCUCUCAAGUGUCAACAAACAAUUGCAAUCGAUUNGGCUUCAACACACGGAUCAGAUCGUCAAAGCCAUCAUCGAGUCGAUUAUUCCAGCAGCUGACCAAGCCAUCAACUUUGUAACCAUGGAGACGCGUCUCCGCAAUUCGCUCAGUGACGAGGAACAACCGUCGCUCCACCUUUGGUUGCCAAAUCUGAUGCGCAAUGCCGAACUCUGCGCCAGCGCCCUUGCAGCCUGCGCCGCCUACGUCGAACCGCCAAAUUCGGUCAGCGACAAGCCCUUUACAUUUUCUUCUUCCCCAGCUUCCUGGUACUUUCUACGCCAAGUAUUGCUCGCGUUCAAUUACCCGCAGCUAAGGGACGCGGUGCAUGCCGAGCUCCGAGCAGCUUCGAGAGAGACAAGAGAAACACUUUCGUNNUUCCACUGGUUUCUCAUGAGCUUUGCCAGCAAGGACGAAGUGAUUCGUCAGGGUGUGCCGCUGGAGCUGAGGUUCGAUAUCCCCCCGGGGGAUGAGUAUGACGGCGACAUGCAUCGAGAGCCCUGGAGUUAUAUGUGCGAUGUUCUUUGUGCGGCGCGAGGGGAUCUUACCAUCGAUCCAGACGAGCUGUCUCUUGCCAUCCAAGGAUACAACCUAUAG